AUGAAAUUGAGCGAACUCUUCCUUGCUAUCAGCGCCGUUGCUGCUCAUGGCGACAAUCACAAACUUGAGCAUCUUGAGUUCAACCCAGAGGACCAAGAAGAAAAAGAACACAUGCUCGAGCAUUUGAGGGACACGAUCGGAGACAAGGACACUUCCGAAAUGACUCCAGAGGAGUUGCAAUUUUAUUACUUCAAGCAGCACGAUUAUGACAACAAUAAUAUGCUCGAUGGGAUUGAACUCAUCCAAGCUAUGACUCAUUACGAACGAAUGGAUCUUGAAGAUCGCGGUACCGCAGAUAAUUAUCCCCGUUUCACAGAGCAACAGUUCAUCGACAUGGUCGACGGAAUUCUUUCAAAUCAGGAUGCAAAUGGCGACGGAUACGUCAACUACUUUGAGUUCCAAGCCGCGCAGAAGAGACGAACCGGAGCUGGAUCUGCUGAUCCAAAGCAGUAA